AUGCCGCUUUUGCCGAUGGUGUUUCCGCUCAGCGGCGUGAGCGGGCCGCUGACGGCGUUGCCGCUGACUACGGGCGGCGGCGCGAGCGGCGGCGUUGUGCUGGCGCAGGCACCCGGGCUACUGGGGAUGCCGAUGGUGCCGACAACCCUGCCAAUGAUGGGCCCGGCCGUGACAAUGGGCCCGGCCAAGGCACUGGCGGGCGGCAAGCCGCUGCCGCUUGGUGCGCUUGCAACGCCGCUGGGCACAGCGGUGCCGCUGGCCCCCCAGCAGCUGCAACAGCAGCUGCUCCAGCAGCAGCUGAUCCUGCAGCAGCAGAUCCAGCAGUCCCAGGCUGCGCUGCAGAAGCACCAGGAGCAGAAGCAGAAAGCGGCCGCGGCCGCCGCUGCCGCGGCGAGUGUCGCGGCUGCCACAGCAGCUGCCAAUGCAGCGGCAGCUGCUGCGGCAGCAGCGGCGACAGCGGGGGCCAGCACCCAGGCAAGCAAGCAGCAAGCAGCUGCCGCUGUGCAGCAGCAACCAGACCCGCAGCCGCCCCAGCAGCAGCAGCAGCAGCAGCAGCAGCAUAAGCAGGAGCCUCUACCGCCAGCACAGCCGCACCCGCCAGCACAGCCGCAGCGACGUUUACAGCUUAAGACGGCCGCGCAGAAAAAGGCGGCGGCUGUGGCGGCGGCAGCAGCAGCUGCAGCUGCCCCCAAGCUGCAGGAACAAAAGGUAGAGGAUGGGCAGCACGCAGCACCACAUUGCAGCCCGGGGCCAAUGGACGUGGCCGUGCAGCCGAGCGCGGCACCAGUCCAGGAGCAGCCACAGCAGCAACAGCAGCAGCAACAGCAGCAACAGCAGCAACAGCAGCAGCAGCAGCACCAACAGCAGCAGCAGCAGCAGCCAACUGCGCUGCAGCAGGACCCGCCUGUGCCGGCACAGUCGGCGAUGCCUGCACUGAGCGGCGGCAGCUCGCAGCAGGACACGGAGACCGUCGUGCCUGCGGAAGAG